CGUCACUCCGCGACAAGAUGGCGCAGAGCGGAGCGAGUCGCGGCCGCGGGAUCCUGGCUGCGCUGCGCCGGCUCGUCCCGUCACCUGAGGCUCCGCGGCCGCCCCGACACUUGGUGCGGGGACUGAGGACUUGCACAGCGGCAGGCAGGACGUUGCAGUGCCCAUCUUUGCCGGGUGCCGGCUCGCUCCCCUGGCGUCCAUACAGCACGCAGUCGGCUCAGAGUCCGGAGGAAGAAUCCUUGCACAACAUUAUCACCGACUCAGAGAAACUGAAAGGAUCUUUAUCGAAGCACGAAUUUCAGGCCGAGACCAAGCAGCUUCUGGAUAUAGUGGCGCGUUCCCUGUACUCCGAGAAGGAGGUGUUCAUUCGGGAGUUGAUCUCCAACGGGAGCGACGCCCUGGAGAAGCUGCGGCAUCGGCUGGUGAGCAGUGGGAACCCGCAGGGACCGCUGGAAAUCCACCUCCAGACCGACGUGGACAAGAGGACCCUAACCGUGCAGGACACGGGCUUGGGGAUGACCAGGGAAGAGCUCAUUCAGAAUCUGGGAACGAUUGCACAUUCGGGAUCAAAGGCGUUCCUGCAGGCGCUGCAGGGCCAGGCCGAGGCCGGCUCCAGCAUCAUCGGGCAGUUUGGAGUUGGUUUCUACUCCGCCUUCAUGGUGGCCGACAGAGUGGAGGUAUUCACCCAGGCCGCCGAGCCCAGCAGCCCCGCACACCACUGGGUCUCUGACGGUUCGGGCAUGUUCGAGGUGACUGAAGCGUUGGACGUGACGCCGGGGACCAAGAUUGUCAUUCACCUGAAGGAAGAUUGCAAGGAGUUUGCCAAUGAAGACCGGGUCAAAGAGGUGGUGAUCAAGUACAGUAAUUUUGUCAGCUUUCCCAUCUACCUCAAUGGCCGUCGCCUGAACACGCUGCAGGCCCUCUGGAUGAUGGACCCCAAGGAGAUCAGCGAGUGGCAGCACGAGGAGUUCUACCGCUACGUGGCCAAGGCAUAUGACAAGCCGCGCUACGUGCUGCAGUACCGUGCCGACGCCCCGCUCAACAUACGCAGUGUCUUCUACGUGCCCGACACGAAGCCGAGUAUGUUUGAUGUGAGCAGGGAGAUGGGCUCGAGUGUUGCUCUGUACAGCCGCAAGGUGCUGAUCCUGACCAAGGCCAGCGACAUCCUGCCCAAGUGGCUGCGCUUCCUCCGGGGUGUGGUGGACAGUGAGGACAUCCCCCUCAAUCUCAGCAGGGAGCUGCUGCAGGAGAGCGCACUCAUCAGGAAGCUGCGGGAGGUGCUGCAGCAGCGGGUGAUCAAGUUCCUCCUGGAGCAGGGCAAGAAGGAUCCGGAAAAGUUCCUCAAGUUCUACGAUGAUUACGGGCUCUUCGUCCGCGAGGGCAUCGUGACGGCCACAGACCAGAACGUCAAGGAGGAGAUCGGGAAGCUGCUGCGGUUCGAGUCGUCGGCACUGCCGGCGGGAGAGGUGAGCAGUCUGGCAGAGUACGGCGGCAGGAUGAAGGCUGGCAGCCGCAACAUCUACUACCUGUGUGCCCCCACACGCCAACUGGCACUGCACUCGCCCUACUUCGAGGCCAUGAAGCAGAAGGAGAUGGAGGUUCUUUUCUGCUACGACCAGUUUGAUGAGCUGACUCUGCUGCACCUGCGUGAGUUUGACAAGAAGAAGAUGAUCUCGGUGGAGACCGGCAUCGUUGUGGACCACUACAAGGAGGAGAAGUACGAGGACAGCAAGGCAGCGACGGAGCGCCUGUCUGAUGCCGAGGCGGAGGGGCUGGUGGCCUGGAUGAGAAACGGUCUCGGAGAGCGGGUGGCCAACAUCAAGCUGACGCCGCGCUUGGACACACACCCGGCCAUGGUGACGGUGCUGGAGAUGGGCGCCGCCCGGCACUUCCUGCGCACACAGCAGCUGGCCGGCUCCAGCGAGGAGCGGGCACAGGUCCUGCAGCCUACCCUGGAGAUCAACAGCAGCCACGUCCUGAUCAAGAAGUUGAACGAGCUGCGGGAUGGCGAUCCGGAGCUGGCCUGCUUGCUGCUUGACCAGAUCUAUGACAACGCCAUGAUCGCCGCAGGGCUGAACGACGACCCUCGCCCCAUGAUCGGGCGGCUGAACCAGCUGCUGAGCCGGGCCCUGGAGCGCAGCUAAGGCAUCACCCAUCGGUCAGUCACCCACCCCAGUGACGUGCGGUAAUACUCCAUGUCAAUGAUCCCCCAGUGACACCCACUCCCAGCCCUGCGCCUAGACUGUGAAAUUACACAAAUGUUACACACUAUAAUAUAAUCUGUGAAUAAAAUCAUUACGAGCUUUGA